CUUACCCCCUCUCCAUCCUCAUCUCCAGCUUCUAAAUACUCUUCUUCUUCCAAUUCCUUCGUCUCUUUUGUCUUCUUCUCUGGUCCAUAAUCCGCAAUCAUGAGCGGCUUACGGUUUCUCGACCUCGUCAAGCCUUUCGUGCCUCUCGUCCCCGAGAUUCAGCUUCCCGAAAGCAAGGUUCCCUUCAACAACCGCCUAGUAUGGACGGGUUUGACGCUCCUGGUCUUCUUGGUGAUGAGCCAGAUGCCGCUUUACGGAAUCGUGUCCUCGGACUCCUCAGAUCCGCUAUACUGGCUGCGUAUGAUGAUGGCCAGUAACAGAGGUACACUGAUGGAAUUGGGUAUUACGCCAAUUAUCUCCUCCGGCAUGGUCUUCCAGCUUCUUGCUGGAACCCAUUUGAUCGAUGUCAACUUGGACCUCAAGUCCGAUCGCGAGCUCUACCAGACCGCGCAGAAGCUCCUUGCUAUCCUCCUGUCCUUCGGCCAGGCCGUCGUCUACGUUCUCUCCGGUCUCUACGGCCAGCCCUCUGACUUGGGUGCCGGUAUCUGCGUUCUCCUCGUCCUCCAGCUCAUGAUUGCCGGUUUGAUCGUCAUUCUCCUUGACGAGCUCCUCCAGAAGGGCUAUGGUCUCGGCUCUGGUAUCUCUCUCUUCAUCGCCACCAACAUUUGCGAGUCAAUUGUCUGGAAGGCUUUCUCCCCCACUACCAUUAACACUGGCCGUGGACCUGAGUUCGAGGGUGCCAUCAUUGCUCUUGUCCACCUCCUUUUCACCUGGCCCGACAAGACCGUUGCGCUCCGUGAGGCUUUCUACCGCCAGAACCUCCCCAACGUCAUGAACUUGUUGGCCACUCUCGUCGUCUUCGGUGCCGUCAUCUACCUCCAGGGUUUCCGUGUCGAGAUCCCCGUCAAGUCUGCCCGCCAGCGUGGUGUCCGCGGCUCUUACCCCGUCCGCCUCUUCUACACCUCCAACAUGCCCAUCAUGCUGCAGUCCGCUCUUUCCUCCAACGUCUUCUUGAUCAGCCAGAUGCUCUACUCUCGCUUUUCUGACAACCUCCUCGUCCGCCUUAUCGGUGUCUGGGAGCCCCGUGAGGGAUCUGCCCAGCUCUCUGCUGUCUCCGGUAUCGCCUACUACAUGUCUCCUCCUUUGAGCAUCACCGAGGCUCUCGCCGACCCCCUCAAGACUGCCGUCUUCAUCGUCUACAUGCUUGUUGCCUGCGCCGUCUUCUCCAAGACCUGGAUCGAGGUCUCUGGCUCUUCCCCCCGUGACGUUGCCAAGCAGCUCAAGGAGCAGGGUCUCGUUAUGGCUGGUCACCGUGAGGAGUCUAUGUACAAGGAACUCAAGCGUGUCAUCCCCACCGCCGCCGCUUUCGGUGGUGCUUGCAUUGGUGCUUUGUCUGUUGGUAGCGAUCUCCUCGGCGCCCUCGGCAGCGGAACUGGUAUCCUCCUCGCCGUCACCAUCAUCUACGGUUACUUCGAGAUUGCCGCCAAGGAGGGCGACAUGUCCGGCCUCAAGGGCAUGGUCAUGGGUUAGACUUCGAACCCUUUUUCUUUCUCAUGAAAAUGAAAUCAAGAAGAUAAUGAGGGCCUGGUAGUAAUUUUGUCUGGCAUCAUUCGUCUUCUCUCAUACUUGGAGACAUCUGUUAUGGGGGAGGGCAGUAUGCAAUAAAAAGUAUUUCCACGCAAAGGCCGCGGGACGUGUGUAGGAUGCGGAAGUAGGGGUCCCACCAAAGCAUCGUUUUUGUAUACUAUGGGUUUUCGCUGUUGAACAAAAUAAAUAAAAAGCAGUCUUACUUGAC